AGAUUUAAGAGCGCACACAAACCCAGUCAAAUUGUUUUGUUUUGUUUCUGACGAUCCUUUAAAUAGUAAGUGUUAGCAUUGCUAAACUUUAAACAAAAUGGAGCAGGGAGAUCUUGGGUAAGAGAUGUUGCUGAAAUUUCCUGAUGCUUUCCCUUUCCAGCCUUGUGUGUUGUCUUGAAUGAACAAAAAAGGAAAUGCAGUACUGUAGCCAUUCUGUCUGCGCUCUGACACUUCUUAAAACAGAUUUUCUCCUUGGCUUCAGCAGUAUGCAUACCCCAGGAAUUCUUUCCUUUCAGCAGUCUGCUGCUCUUGUUCCAUGCUCGAGAGCAGAAGCGUGCAAGGAGAAUCAGUUGAUGGCUGCAGUGAAUUAAUUUUUAAGUCUAGUAAGACCUGUGUGUGCACGUCUGUUCAGUGCCCUUUCUUUCUCGUAGCUGAAUAGAACAGUAACUGGUUUGCUGUUAACUCCGAUGAAAUAUUUCCUGUGACUGAAUACAUGGUAACAUCUGUUACAGAAAGGUAGGUGGCAGAGCUUUAAUUUAACGUGCUAUAAAAUAUGAUAGGAGUUUAAUUAAACAGCAUAAUUGAAAUGCCAGAGUAGCUUUGCGUUCAGAAAGCGGUAACCACCUAUGGUCUAGACUGUUUUCUAGGACACCUUUUUUUCCCCUACUUCUGCUGGCUGACUUUGUUGGACAUUCAUUUGGUAGCAGUCCUGAGGCUCUGACAGAUCAUUGUGUGAAGAACCCUAUGCAAGCAGCCUUUUCCCAAACAAUCGUGCAGGAAUGCUUGGUGUGUCGUACAAGCUCACUUUGUAACAGUACAGCGCUGGUUUACUGGUGUGCCUUUACUGAGUGUAGCUUAGUAAUACAACAGCCUUCCGCCUUUUCUGUUGUUUUUUUCCUUGGGAAGUACUUUUGUUCAGCUUUAUUUACUCCAUGCUAAUUUUCAGCUGUUGUGAAUUCGGCCUCAUUUGGUUCAGGAAACUAGUCCCAUGCUUCUUGGUGACUUUUUGUUCCUCCUGGUAGUAUUGCUAAGCAAAGGGAAAUGAAUGUGUCUUCUCAGAACCCGUUUAUAGCAUUCCAAAGCUCUGAUUAACUACGUCUGACUAACAGUAUAUAAUGGGUCAUUUUGAUGCCUUUUUUCUUACUUUGUUUGACUCAGAUUUGGUGCUUAGCCCUAACUUGUAUUGAUACAUUCCCUUCCCCCCUUUCCCGUAGUCUUCUGUGUUCUAACUACAAACGUUUCAGAAAUGUGAAAAACUUUGGUUUGCAUACUGCUGACUGUUUCACUAAUCAAUAUUUAAUAUGGUUUUCAUAGGAUAUGUAACAUGACACUGAUAUUCUGGACAGGUAAUUUUCACUGCUUGAAAACCUUACGUAAUGAGGGGAAUCAGGUAACUGCUAGAAAUGAGCACCUUAUUUAUUUAAAUUUUAGUAUCGUAUUGCCAAGGAUUUGUUCUGUGAAAUCUGCCCUUGGAAAAUCCCUAGCUUCUCCCCGUGGCCUCCAAACACUUCUGAAAUUGUCAAGGAGAAGUCAAUAUUUAAAGGGACACUGUCAUUCCUUUUUCCACCCGAAUUUACGCCUUGCUUUUAUAAGCUCUGAACUACUGCUCCCUUCCUGAAAGUUCGAGGCUGUUGGGUGGAAUUAUGACUAAUAUUCCAGAGAGUUGGGCUAGUCCCCUGUCUCCUUCCUGUCCUCUGUAUACACGUGCCUGCUUGUUGCCUCUCUGGCUGCAGCUUUGCUCUGGCUGUGCCCUGGUGCCGGGCCUGGGGAGGAGCGUGCAUGCUUUGCUGUCUCCAGGGCAGUGCAUGAGCGACGUGGUCCUGCUGGUGCAUGAGGAGAGCGCGGCUCCUGGCAGUGACACUGGCUGCAGGUGAAGUGCAUACAAUAUGGAAGUGUCUCUUACCUUUUCUGUUUGCUUAGCGGCGUUGAAAAUAGAAACUCUCGUGCAGUUAAUGGGAGCAUUUCGCUAUGUAAAAGUACAAUCUUGCCUGACCGUGUCCCUUUAAAUUCUGCAUGGUGGAACGUACUGAUGUAGAGCUGCCGAAUCUGUACGUCCUGGAGCAGUCCAGAAAAGAGUGUAGCUUGGUGACGUCCUCUAAAAUGAAGGAGCUUGGCAGCGGAGGGCAGGCGGAGUUAACACAGUUAAAACAAUGCCUGUUUAUCAUAGGAGCCUCUGUGAAGCUGUUUUUUUGAAGUAAUGCCAAUAGAAAGUGGAAGUUGUGCAUCUGCUCGCCAAGCAAAGCAGAAACGUAAAUCGCACAGCCUUUCCAUCCGAAGAACCAACAGUUCCGAGCAAGAACGGGCGGCGCUGCAGAGAGACAUGCUGGAAGGGCAGGAUUCUAAGCUACCAUCUUCUGUUCGGAACACACUCCUUGAACUUUUUGGACAAAUAGAGCGGGAGUUUGAAAACCUGUAUAUUGAAAAUUUGGAAUUACGUAGAGAGAUUGAUACGCUUAAUGAGCGUUUAGCAGCUGAAGGACAGACAAUUGAUGGAGCUGAACUGAGCAAAGGACAACUGAAAACAAAAGCCAGUCAUAGUACCAGUCAGCUUUCUCAGAAAUUAAAGACAACUUACAAGGCAUCUACUAGCAAGAUUGUCUCCAGUUUUAAGACUACAACAUCAAGGGCAAUCUGUCAACUGGUAAAGGAAUAUGUUGGCCACAGGGACGGUAUUUGGGAUGUCAGUGUCGCGAAAACUCAGCCCGUGGUUUUGGGAACUGCAUCUGCUGAUCAUACUGCUUUGCUCUGGAGCAUAGAAACAGGGAAGUCCCUUGUCAAGUAUGCAGGGCACGUUGGAUCAGUAAAUUCCAUAAAGUUUCAUCCAACUGAGCAAGUGGCUCUUACAGCAUCUGGAGACCAGACAGCUCAUAUCUGGAGAUACAUAGUACAGUUGCCUACACCUCAGCCAACUGCAGACUGCAGUCAAGUGUCCGGAGAAGAUGAAUUUGAGUUCUCAGAUAAGGAUGAACCUGAUGGAGAUGGAGAUGGUUCUAGUGACUGUCCCACUGUCAGAGCCCCGUUAACUUCGCUCAAAAGCCAUCAAGGAGUGGUCAUAGCAGCCGACUGGCUUGUGGGGGGAAAGCAAGCUGUGACAGCUUCGUGGGAUAGGACAGCAAAUCUGUAUGAUGUAGAGACUUCUGAACUAGUCCAUUCUCUUACAGGGCAUGACCAAGAGCUAACGCACUGUUGUACGCAUCCCACCCAGCGUCUUGUGGUGACAUCAUCCCGCGAUACAACUUUCCGUCUGUGGGAUUUCAGAGAUCCUUCUAUCCAUUCUGUGAAUGUCUUUCAGGGCCACACAGACACUGUGACAUCUGCAGUUUUCACCGUGGGAGACAAUGUUGUUUCUGGCAGUGAUGACCGUACUGUAAAAGUUUGGGAUUUGAAAAACAUGAGGUCUCCUAUUGCAACCAUCCGUACAGAUUCAGCAGUCAAUAGGAUUAACGUGUGUGUUGGCCAAAGAAUCAUCGCGCUUCCACAUGACAACCGACAGGUUAGGUUAUUUGACAUGUCAGGAGUGCGAUUAGCACGCCUCCCUCGCAGUAAUAGACAGGGCCACAGAAGAAUGGUGUGCUGCUCAGCGUGGAGUGAGGACCACCCAAUCUGUAACCUCUUCACAUGUGGAUUUGAUCGUCAGGCUAUUGGCUGGAACAUCAACAUCCCCGCUUUGUUACAAGAAAAAUGAAAUGCUGGAAGAAUUUUUGCAUUUUAUGUUGCCGUGGACUUCUAUACUCCCGCAGACUUCUCCGGAUAUUGGUCUGCUAUUGCUCCAAAAGCUCUUCCUUAAAUGGAGACUUCAGCAAAUGUUGUUCUUGUUACCACGUUGUGCACAGUUUGCAUGAAUUGUACAGAAAAUGUGAUUUUUUUAAAAUUAGUUCGUCUCGUGUAUGAACUUUUAUAUUUUGGCAUCCACUGGUCAAUAUGUUCACUGUUGCAUAGAGCACAUAAAUGUUCAUAAGUUAUUUAGCGUUUGAUAGAUAAACAGUAGGGCAUUACAUUUGUGACAUAAAUGUGAAAUUUAUGUAGUAAGUGUAGAGAAUGCAUAGCAGUCUGUUACAUUUUUCCAUGACUCUACAUAUCUGCCUUGUGUUAAAAAGAAUCUGCAGGGCUAAAAGUUUGAAAUGAAGUGUGAAUUUCACUAGGUAUAUGAUUGUAAACGUUUUCCUGUUUGCAUCUGAUCGGAAUAGUUUUUUAGUGCUGCAGUAUAGUGCAACUUCAACUCCAUUUUUAGUCCAGUUACUGGAGAAAUAGUAGAUUUGAGAAGGAAAAUAUAAACUACUUGUAGUGAGUAUAGGCUGCAAGGUUUAUUCUGAAUGCUUUUUGUACUUUUUCUUUUGAAAAAGAAAAACGUUCAUUCUGCCCUUCUUAUAUAAAGUGAUUCUAAAAAACUCAUGGCAUUUCACACUAGCAAAAAUCCAGAAUAUUAUGAUUCUAAUCACUGAAACCUAGUCAAGCAAAUUUUGAAGCACUUUAGUUUAUAGCUAUUGUUAUAAACCAUGUAUGAAAGUUUGACUUUACCAGUGAAUGUGAGCUGACCUUUGUAAGAAGGAUUGCUUCUUUUUGGUGAUCUGCCCAGAAAGGAAAUAGGUUUUUUCUUUUUCUUUUUUUUUCUCUUAUACCUACAGUGAGCAUGCUUUUAAAUGUGCUCACUGCCCGUAUUUUUUUUUUUUGAGCCAGCAAUACAAAAUAAAUUAGUACUACCUCAAAAGUGAAUGUUGGUCAAGAUGCAUUGAAUCUCUCUGUAGCCUAGAAAAAAGCACUUUUGGUCUCUGGCUGAAGAACUCUCUCUGACAUGAGAGGAGAGACAAUCAUACUAAAUGUGAUCCUUAAGAUAAUUAACACUUAAGGCUAAUGGAGCAAUAUGGUAAGUAAACAUCAUCUGUCACUUUUGUGUUCUCAGCUGUGACAAGGGCUGCUGCAGUCCCUAUCGUGUUCCAAGGGGGAUAAUUAACACAGGUCUCCCUUCUUUCUCCCAAAUGAUCUUACUCUGGUUUUGCUCCUCGCUGUGCUCAGCCUCUUUUGCACUGGCAAUGUGGUGUUACACCACAGCUGCUGAUUAUGCAAGUAAAUGCAAGUGGCAGCUGACAUCUGCAAAAGAACAGGAAGGCUGCUUCAGACAGACACUUCUUAGCUGGAGCGAGAUACUGCCCCUAUCUGUCUGACAUAUCACACUAUAAGAUGAAGGGUGAGGGAAAGCACUCUUACAGUGGGAAUCAGAGAGUAUAUUGGGUUGCCGUAAGUAAAGUAGUCAAAACUUUUUAUCAUAUUCUUAGGAUUACAUGAAGCUGUAGCUGUGCUCGUGUCCUGUACAGCACUGUUCGUAAUGACAUUAAGGCUGAUGGGUUUGCUGGUUUGCCUGUUAACUAACACAUAAAGGCAUUAGAGUGCAAUGGAAGGGGAUGGUGAAUGCAUCAUUGAGUAGUUACAGGGAAGCUGGGGUCCUAGAAAUGGUUUUUGAGUGCAUAACAUUGAGGAAGCUCAAGGUAUUUAAUGGAGUAGUCUAGUAUCUUUAUAGUACGGGUCGUCGUAGCUUUUUUUUUUCUGAGGUACAAGAUACAUGCAGAAUUGUACUGAAGCAAUCUUAAAGCACCAAAACUAGUGAGGUUGAGGAAAGCAGCUGCAGAGUUUUAAGCCUUCUGAUAACAAGGGUUAAAGGAUGGUGUCAAAGUUUGUUUUCACUUUUUUUUUCUGGGUUUUUAACUCUUGGGUAAGGCCAUCUGAUAUUGGAUUGCAGGUUUUAUUCUUCAAGAAAAAAGGCUCCCUUUUUCUUUCAGUUGGUAAUGGAGAGAGCUUUAGGCAGGUUGAUGCUGCUUAACAAAGAGAGAAACUCUUUUCCAGCCAGUAGAAGCGGUUUCUCCAGCAUGGCCUGUGUAGCAUCUUGAGCAAUGACUAACCUUUAAUUACGUGAGGUGGGGGAGAAGGUCACUGUUUUGGUCCUGCUAAACUAAAUUGACAGCUUAAGCUUCUCUAAUAUACAUAUGUAACACAGGACCACUGAUUCUAUGCAGUUUAAUCAUUGCUGCAAGCUUUUUAUAUCACCAGAGGGACACACCUCUGGCACCAGGAACGGGAUGAUUACACACUUUUACUUUUGGAAAAAAAAAUCAACCAGACAAGGUGCUAGAGCCACGUUCUUAUGAGCAGGCUAAUACUCAAUCAGCUAAACACUGAACUAUCCCGUAGCUUAAUUUUAUAUACUGUACUGAAGAUUAACUCCAGGCUGCUGUUCCCCUUGAAGCAAAUCACCCCUGAGCAGUAGCAGCGAAUGCUACUGCCUUGACUAAACAUGUGGAAAACAUUUCAUGGUUUUGAAUGUUCCAGAGAGAGCUUUUCAGCGUUAAACAAUGUCCAACAUUUCAUAAAAUGGAGGAAAGUUGCAGUUUCGGUAUUGUGCAGAAUUUCACAGGAAAUUGAUCACUGGGCAAAAUCAAGCUUUUGUGUCUUUUAAGCAAUGCACAUCAGUUUUCACAAGUUGUGUGUAUACUUUGCAAUCAGAUCUGGAGUGAAACACCUUAUUUGUUGCCUAAAUUUGUGAAAACCAUCUUUUUGGAAAAAAAGAAUUUAUAAGUUAUGUGGAACCACUUUUUAUUAUUCUGCUAAUUUGUUUUUAGAUGUAAUAUGUUAUUCUUCAUUAUGAUUCAAAAUGCAUUAAAACAUUCAACUUUUUUUUGCAACCUGUGGUUCUUCUGUUUUGCAUUAAAAUUGCUAUUAACAUUUCAUCUUGUUAAUAGUCCAAUGAUCUUCCUAUCCAUUUUCCCCUCUUCCACUCAAAAAGUUCACUUCCAGUGCAAUGAUGGGCACAGUUCUUCGGGAAGAAGGCCAAGUCUGCCCCUGAGGUAGGACUUCUGGAGUGCAUUUGGUCGUGCUGGCAGGUA